AUGGGAGACGUUUCUCCUGAGCAGAAAAAAUCAGGUUGUGGGCUGUUGAAUGCUGUUUUUGGAAGGAGGAGUUGGCCUAGAAGAACGACUUCAACAGGUUCACUUCCGGGACCAAAUUCAAAUCCCAAUCAUUUCCCAAGAAUUCCAAGCACCCCUAAUUCAAAAAGGCGAAGGGGUGGCUCAGAUGAGGCUUCUUUCCUGGAGGAAGAAGCAAAACCUACUGCAGAAAAACAAGUUGAUAGGGUUAUUGAAAGGCCAGCGCCCAAUCAUGGAAAGACUCCACCUGGAAAUGCUCAUCAAUAUCGCCAAGCUCCUCCCGUGUGUAAUCAGAAGCAAAAUCAGGGCAGGAGAGAUGCACCCCCCAGCCAAGGGGCGGGAAGGAAGAUUCCACAAGGAGCAGUUGGCCUGUCAGGCGAGCUCGAUAGCAUGAUUGCUGAUCAUCAAAGAUCAAGUGGUGCUAGUACAUUAGUCCGAGCUUCAUCCAGCAAUGUGAUGUUGUUUGGAAAUUUGGGAAAUUUAAGACAAGGAGGAGGAGGAAAUAGUAAUUUGAAUACGAGCAAUAUUCUUGAUCAUCUUCCUAGAGCUACAAGAGAAGAAUCAUCAGUACCAAAUGGGAAAUAUCCAACUAGUGUCAUGGGAAAUGUGGUGAAAAAACAGAAUGAUCAGGAGUCAUCAACUGAAAAACCAACUUCCCUUUGCAGGGCUAUUUCGACUCGAAUGGAUCCUGAGCAAUUGAAAAUCUUGGGUAAUGAAGAUUACAAGAAUGGAAGGUUUGCAGAAGCCUUGGCUUUGUAUGAUGCUGCAAUUUCUAUUGAUCCUAAUAAAGCUUCUUAUCGAAGCAACAAAUCUGCAGCUCUGACAGCUCUUGGGAGGCUUCUUGAGGCAGUUUUCGAGUGCAGAGAAGCAAUUCGAAUUGAACCUAGUUACCAAAGAGCUCAUAAUCGUUUGGCAACCUUAUAUGUCAGAUUGGGGGAAGCAGAAAAGGCCAUGUAUCAUUACAAACAUGCCGGUGUUGAAGCUGAUCCUGAUGUUCUUACAAAAGUUAAAAAGCUUCAGGUUCAUCUGAACAAGUGCACUGAGGCCAAAAUGCAAAGAGAUUGGAAUACUCUCUUAAGAGAAACAGGCCUUGCUGUAGCAGCUGGAGCUGAUUCUGCUCCACAGAUAUUUGCAUUGAAAUCGGAAGCCUUAUUAAAGCUCCAAAGACACCAAGAAGCAGAUGAGAUUAUGAAAAAUGGUCCAAAAUUUGAAGAUGAUGAGUGUACAAAAUUCUUUGGCCCUAUUGGUAAUGCAACCCUGUUAGUCAUACGGGCUCAAGUUGACAUGGUUGCUGGCAGGUUUGAUGAUGCUGUGGCGGCAGCUCAACUUGCUGCUAGGCUUGAUGCAAAUAAUAAAGAAGCAAGCAUGCUGGUGAGGAGAACUAGAGCUGUGGCAACAGCCAGAUCAAAUGGAAAUGACCUCUUCAAGUUAGGAAAAUACUCCGAAGCAUGCGUUGCAUAUGGAGAAGGACUAAACCAUGAUCCUUACAAUGCUGUCUUGUUGUGCAAUCGAGCUGCCUGUCGAACCAAACUUGGUCAACAUGAAACAUUGGAAGAUUGUAAUGCCGCCCUCCAUGUACGCCCUUCAUAUAGCAAGGCCAGACUUAGAAGAAGUGAUUGCUUUGCCAAGUUGCAAAAAUGGGAGGCAUGUAUACAGGAUUGUGAGGCGCUACUCAGAGAUUCACCAGAGGACGAGGAGGUGGGGCAGAUGCUGAAGGAGGCCCAAGCACAGCUAAGAACACAGCGAGGAGGAGGCCAAGACGUGAAAACCAUCAACCACAAUGGUGGAAUUGGAAAUGAUGCCCGUUCUAGUAGUGACAUAAUUGUCGUGUCAAGCAACGAACGUUUCAGGGACUAUGUAACCUCUCCUGGUGUGUCUGUUGUCCUAUUCUGUAAUAAGCCAGGUGACAAGCCAACAAUUCACUAUAUGGAGCAGCUGCAAAAGAGAUACCCCUCUGUCAAUUUCCUCAAGGUUGAAGUUGAGGAUCAACCUUCCUUGGCAAAAUCUGAAGGUGUAAAUGCAUUGCCGGCCUUCAAGAUUUACAAAAGUGGUUCAAAAACCAGGGAAAUUUCAGGCAACAACCAUGAUUUAUUAGAGAGCACAAUCAGACUGUACAUCAGCUAA